AAGAAUAUUGAACGGAAGCAUCCCACUACAUUCUCUAGUAUUUGCUUCUUUUUCGUUCCUUUCUCUAUUAUUUUGCUAAGGAAUAUUAUGAGUUACUCAAUGUCAAGUUUUUUAUUUUCUAUUUUGUUUACUUUACUCCUAUUUACUCGUGUCUUCACCCAUGAAAUAUCUAAGGUUAUAGGGAAUGAGCUGACUGAUGAGAAUGAAGGAAAAAAUUUCAAUUAUCCAACGUCAUUGCAUUAUGUGCACAAAGAAAAGAUGUAUGACUCUAAAGAUGAAGGGGAUAAAACUCCAACAAGAAAGAUAGAAGUUCAUGAGAUAAAAGGUUCAACAAGUGACUCAUCAGUUGGUUAUCUAUCCAAUGACUUUCAACGAACCAUUCCUUCAAUGAUGCCUAACACUCAAAAGGAUUAUGGUUAUUAUCCAAAUAACUAUCAAUUGGAUGGUUUAACUUUCAGGGUUAAUAUUCCUGGUUUUGCGAGGAUAUAUUUGCCUAAUUUACCGAUUGAACUUCCAUUUCCAAAUGUUGAAUUACCUUUCCAUACCACUCGUAUGAUUCGUAAUGGUUACUACUAUCCUGGUAACUACUACCAACCUAUUAUUCCUUCUUCACUACUAACUCAGAGUAAACAAUAUCACAACAUUCAAUCAUUUGGAUACCAACCUUCAAGCUUGUCAAAUAUUGACAACUUCGAAGAUGGAAGUAUAAUAAGAAAUCGAAAAAUUAUGAGACCUUCGUCAGAAAUUGAUGGGAGAAUUUUCCAUAUGUUUCCAACAAAAACUUCUACAAUGGCAUAUGAGGAUAAAACAUGGUAUGGAGAUGCUAGUAAGAAGACUGUGAAAGUCGAUCCAUAAACCAUAUUUAGACAUCAUGUAUCAAAAUAAAAUGGUGUGCCAUACAACUUAUAUAUGCGGACCUUGAAUUAUGCUCCUAUGCAAUAUUGUUGGUCUUUUCAAUUAUUCCAUACAUAAACUAAGCUCAUCAGUUUGUCAUUCUCCUA